CUCGAAGAAAGGUUGCUCUAAUCAUGGCGUAGCCUACUCCACGUCUAGUCCUUCACUUCCCACCACACACAUCGUCCCAAACCACAAAUCAUGAAAUCGAUCAAAAAAGAUCAAACUUUCUCCGCAAGAAACCCUAACCUUAAUAGACGCCGCGCUCAGUUCCAUUCGACCGAAGCUGAGAGGACGAGAUGGGCUUGUUGCUGGGGAAGAUCACGGUGGAGACGCCCAAAUACGAAGUCCUCCACACCUGCCCCGAUUACGAGAUCCGGAGCUACUCCCCCUGCGUCGUAGCCGAGGUCACCUACCCCGCCGGCCACGACCGCGACGCCGGCUUCAAGAUCCUCGCCGACUACAUAGGGGCGCUAGGCCCGCCCCAGAACCGCCGGAUCGAGAAGAUCCCCAUGACCGCCCCCGUCAUCACAGCCGGCGAGAAGAUCGCCAUGACCGCCCCUGUUCUCACCGCCGGUGGAAAAGGCGGAGGGGAGGUGACGAUGCGGUUCGUACUGCCGUCGUCCGAGUACGCGCGGGCGGAUGAGGCGCCGGCGCCCCUGGACGAGCGGGUGGCGGUGCGAGACGAGGCCGCGGGGAAGUACGCGGUGGCGAGGUUCAGCGGGGUGGCGACGGAGGCGGCGGUGGCGGAGAGAGUGGAGCGGCUGCGGAUGAGCUUGGAGCGGGACGGGCGGAGAGUGGUGGGGGAGUACGUGCUGGCGAGGUACAACCCGCCGUGGACGCUGCCCCCACUCCGGACCAAUGAAGUUAUGCUCCCUGUGGAAGACUGAUCAAAUUAAAUUUACAGGAGAGUUAAUGAAAUUAAAUAUUGUUUUAGGGACUGAAA